GACAGGGAUUUGGCCUCGCCUUGGACGAGUCCAUAAGGCGACGGCGGGCGGUUAGGCUGGAACAAACUGGCAACUCAAUGAAAUCAGCAAAUUUUAAGCGAUCAUCCUGUUGCUCAACAACGUUAAGGGCUGCUGUGAUAUUUCCACAAUUACAAUGCGUGACGAAUAGCAACACUCGCCUGAGUAAUUAGCGGCAAAAGCAGAAGGAUAGGAAACAUGCGGUGAUAGUCUCAGCAGUUUUGAUAGUUUUUGUGAUACCUCAGGCUUUGACGCAUGACGAAACAUACUCAAAAUAAUUAAUUGGCUCACCUUCGAUUUUUAGGAGAGUGCCAACUGUGGUUUAAGGAGUGUAAAAAAAAAAAAAAAGGUUUUGAGUUAACGUCUCAUUCAUCGAUAUUUAGUGUUCCGUUUGGAGUGCUUCCCGUUUUUGUUUCGGCUGCUAGCUCUUAAAUUGCCGAUUUUGGCGCGCCGGAUCCCGAACCGCCGCGCGUGGUGCCAUGCUGUGGUCUGAGGCGUGCGCGGCCUGCCUUCUGCGUCAAACCUUGGCAUGCAGUUUACGUUGCCGAUGAACAUACGCUUCUGUUAUGGUCAGUUGUGAUGCUGGCUCCGCCGUCGGGGUCGUCUAAGGAUGUCGCCUCAUGCAGACGACGGAACAUUACAGUUCUGUUCUCCUGUACGCAAGCCCAUUUCGUUAAGUCACAUCGGCAGUCAAAUUCUAUCGUCAAACUUUAAGUACCUCAAAACAGUGGACGGCUUUAUAAAACUCAUUCAUGUGGUGCUGUGUCUAUAUUGCGGGGUAAGCAUGUUAAAUACCUGUCAUCCAACAGCGGUGAAUAACCAGCAGCUGCCUGGGCAUCUUUCGUGUACCUCGCGUCAAAUCAACUUUAUCCUAACGCACCUAUCGGCGUUUGUACUGCACUCCGUCAUCCUACUUUCCUACCUCCUAUCGCCACUCAGUAGCGUACUUCUUCCAAGUACAAUUCUGGAGCUGAUAGCGGGUUGCAUCUCAUUUACGUGUGGAUUGAGCUCUUCGAUCCUACUGAUGUCAGCAAUGGCCUUGCUCGAUCUUCCCGCUGGCGUCAAUACAGGGAUCGGCACUGCACUGAGCCUCAGUGAACGUACAGACAACGCAUCUCUACAACAAUUACUCAGCACUCAAAGUAUUGAGAACACACUCUCCACCUCGGCAUUGGGUAUUACGACGUCGCUAUUAUGCAUGGCAUGCAUUCUCCGUAACUACAUAUCACUGCGGCGAAACAUCAACUACGACCUGUUGCUCAAGCCAACGGCCUGAAACUGCUAGUCAGUCUCUUUCGCAUUUUCAUACCUAUUCAUAUUUUACCAAACGAACUACUUCUACUUUGGACUGCAAAUGACACAAAUAGAGAAGACUGUAAACACGAAAAGACCAACUCUAGUUGAAGCAUUACAAAAAGGACACUAGGCCCAAAAAGGAUGAAUGAGAGCGGCACGGAAAAAAUGCAAGGACAAGAGGCAAAGGAAGACGGGAAGCAGAAAGUCAGAAGUUAGAUGACGUGAAAUGACGUUCUCCGAUUUAGUUAAGAUACCGGCCAAACAACUCACUAGAGUCAAUCAACUAUAUAUAUAUAUAAAGAGGAAAUAGGUGCGCAGGAGCACUGCAGAAAAUUGACGACUAGGUGGUAGGUGGUUCAAAGAAGACGGUUGGUGGCACAGGCCAGAUGACACCUAUAUGGUUUGUUGGUAUGUUGACCUUGACAUUGUUUGCUUGUGACAUAAAAGACAUGAGUUUGACACAAAUACAAAAAAGAAAUGGCAGUUCUGACCAUAUAUAUAUAUGGCUUUGAUGUGAAAUCUGCUCAUGAACCAUAUAUUGUAUAAAUACUUAAAAAAGCAUCAUUUGCGCCUUUGCGCCUACCUAUGCGAAGUGUGAACGGGGGCGCAGUAAAGUAUUAUUGACAGGCCACGGGUGUGGAAAUAGAGCAAGAAGAAUAACUGCAGACAAAUACCGUACAAUAUAACACAUGUAAAGGAAAUUAAGAUUAGAGAAUUAAGGCAGAAAAGGCCAUGUAAUAAAAUAAAUAAGAAAAAUCCAAGGACGUUUCAAAGGACGAUCUUUGGUGUUCUUUUUCUUUUUCAGUGUAGUGGUAACAGCCACACGAAGGGCAGUAGGCACAGGGCAUUUACUCGUGUGGCCUGCUAUAAGAUUAAGCAAAAGAGAGGCUCUAGGGAGACGGUGUAAAUCGCUUUUGCUUUUUAUCGUGGCGAGUAACGCAGUGAUGCCAAUACGAACUAACGGUCACCCAGCUAAGCGAUCGAAAACGAGUGAAUGGGAAAUACGCAGCAACGCAGAACCGACAGUUAGGAUUGGGGGCAGUCAUCCGUCUAGACCUCACCAUAGCAUGUUGUGACAUUUUCUUUCAAGGCUUUGAGGCUUUUGCUUUUACAUCUCAACGCGCAAGCCUUCGCUUUUAAAGGAGAGGCUAAACAAAGCAGCCUAAAAUGUGGUAAAAAGAAAAAAAAGCUACAUCGAAUAAGCUAGAGGAAUAGAGAAGUAACACCAAAACGAAAGGAUCUCCUGUGAGCGAUGCUGACUACCAGCAUAAAAGAUUGUAGUUAUAACUAGUCACAGUAGAUAAAUUAUAAAUGUCGCCGGCAUUAACCAUUGUUUGAUAAUCGAAGGGUUUUUGCUGAUCGAUUCAAGCUAGCAGGCAAAGUAUACAUAAAGUUCAAAUAUAACUGGCGAGGAACAAGGAUAGGAAGCAGGGAGGAGGAGCUCAAUGACGAAAACACUCAACAAUCAAUGAUCGCCCGUUUAUUGAGUGGAUCGAAUGGCUCCUCUCAUCUGCGAGUUUAUUUGAGAAUUGGGUCUGACGAUGUUCAUCCGAGUCAAGUCUUUGUAGCAGCAGUAUUGCAAAUACUAGCAGUCUUUUAGUACCCUUCCGAUUGCGACAGAAAAUGCCCAGCGCUGCACAAAGCUAUAGAGCCUAAAUACGUUUUCUAGGAGCAUUGUUGACUGUACGCUAACCAACACAGGGUUGCACUCAAGAUAUAGACUAUAUCGGCAACUAAACUGUGGACUAUUAACAAAACACCAGAGAAUUACAUUUCGUUAUACAGCAUCAGUAUUAUAUAAGGCGAUACAAAGCGUGAGGUCAAUUCUUGGUGAAGCAAUGACGCUGAGUAAACGAAAUGUUUUUCUUAUCGGGACCAUGGAGCGCCGAACACCGAAGUACGUUUUUAAUGUAAGUUAGUGAAACAUAUGAUCUUACACAUACCACCUCGAGAAACUGCGAUAUACUGCCGUGAUCGAUGAAGUGUGCUCAUGUGUAUGGGCGUGUAAAAAGGGUCUAUUCUGUUCUCUGAUGCAUAUUUGAAGUCAGUUGAUUUAAAAAAAACUAGAGUAAGCUGCAAAAAGUGUACGACGGGAAAGCGAUUUAUAUUAUCACGAAGCCUUUAAAACAGGAUCAAGCAGAUUGUACGUUUAUCAAAGAAAAUGUCAAAUUUGUGAAGUCCCAGUGCCUGGAUAGCCACUGAACAUAAAGCAGGAAUAUCAGAUAACUGUAUUUUGUAAUAGUACAAAAGCAGAUAUUUAUAACUAACUUAUAUUUAUUUGAAACAUAAUUUUGUAUAAAUAAAAAACGAUUGAUCGUAGAAUAUAUGGAGAGGUCAACGGAGAUCAAGUAAACUGGACUGCAAUUGUUCACCCCCGGCCACAAAUCUGACUAUCGCCUUCGCUUACCGAUGCGUUUAAUCCACGAUUACAUUUUCUAGUUAUAGCGUUUUUAGAGCAGUUGUAUGAGCGACAUUAUUCCAGCAAUAGCAGAAGUCUCUGCAUAGUGUGGGCAAUGAAGAUACACUGCGAAAAUACCGAUUCUAAGACAUCAUAAAUCUCAAGCACCGAAUUCCAAUAAAUAAUACGAUAUAUAUAUUGGAGAAUAUAGACAAAGUACUACGCAACGUCGUCGAUCGACAUUAAUCACAGCGAGUUAGGUUUUCUAAACCUUUCAUAGGCAACCUGUUGGGGAUAGGCCAUUUCAGUACUGCAAGUGAGUGGCCGCACCGCAGCCUGUUGACGUGUAUUCAUUUUAGCCUAGGUGGCACAAAUGACCUUACCAAAAGUCAGUGUCAGUAUGGCACAAUAACUUUAGUACAAAUCUUGACUAUGAAAUGCUUUAUCGUGAUGCAUCUAAAAUACGCGUCCAUAUAACGUGACGACGCGCUAGAUAAAUACGUUGGUUGACGCCAGCCGUUACAUUUCACGCUCAAACAAGCUCUAUCUCUAAUCGGCAGUGCUGCCAAUGUGAUGCUAAUUCUAUAGGUCAUAAUUCCAGUACCGACUCAUGGAACACUUCAAUGGACUCUGUUCCCUUCUAGAUGGCUGCACCUGAUGCUUUGACGUUAAAUAAAGUACUUAUUUUUUUUUAUAUUGUGUUAAAAAAUCAGCAACCGAUGGCUGACGGCGACCCAAAACACCUGUCAGUAAACAUGAGUCAGGUACGAUUCAUUGCAUCUGCAUCUAGUUAUAAUACCAAGUUAAAGAUUAGAUGAGAAACAAAACAUGAAUUUUCAAUAUAUGCAAUGUGUACCUUGUAUGCUAUCAAAGCUGUUACCAAGGAUCUGUUCAUACCAUGCCAACACGUAUCCUUUCAGAUUUACUUAGGGGUAGUAAAAUUAGCAAAUGUUUAAGGUACGCUAAUUUUUGGACUUAGGAAUUCAUCGAAAUUGUGCUUGAAGGGAACUCAUCUGCCAAAAUAAUCCGCUGAAGUAAAUCAGUCUCAAAAUAAUCACACUUCAGACUCGAGUUAGUGCUUCAUCUGCAUGAUACUAAAUAAAUACGUAAGUAAAAUAGAAAUUUGACCGUUGGUAAGGAACUAUUCAGAUGAAAGAUGCUUCCGAUCUUCUUUCAGAGCGACACAGACUGGUUCGUACAUAGGGCCUAGAACUUUGGUGAACGUAACAAAUAUGUAAAGUUUUGUUUGUAGCGUUUCAGAACAAACUGCACGUAGUUGAUAUUGAUUCCUAAUUAUAUGUAUUGUCAAUAAGGCCAAUGUUGACGUUUUUAGGCUUAAUGGUAAGCAUUAUCGCAAUGAUUGAAAUGUGUGAAAAGAAAGUAUUGUAUCAUAUACUCGUAAAAACGAAUAAGCUGGAGAUUAGAAAUUUUAGAGACCUGGCAUUCAUGAUUAAAGAAAUGCUAAACCUUUUCUUGAUCCUAACUAGAAUACUGAGCUUUGUUGCCAGCUCGUUGCACAUACAUCGAGCACCAAUAGUUAUAUGGGAAGCUGGGUCAGAGGCUGAUAAAAUUCGUUUCCACUGAUGAUGGCAGAGUGACUAGUAGUCACUUUCAGGCAUCCGUACAAACCAGAUAGUGGUAUGUUGGGUUUUGGUAUAUUGGGGUAAGCAGGUUGAUACUAUGUUAAUAGACAGCACCCUUGAAUGGUUCAAGGAAUGUGGUGCUAAUGUUAUUCCCUCUACUGGAACCGUCGCACCGUUUCGUUAUGGUUAGCUUUUAACGGCACUAUUUUUAAUGGCCAAUUUUAAGGGUUACUUUUAAAUAGAACAAGUAUCGGCCACUUUGCCGAACAUUUGCCGCAGAUGCAAGUGCUAUACAUAAUUUCCACAGCAGAAGAAUAGACGAAAGUCCUUUACCUGGGCGCAUUAUGAUAUCUCUGGAAAAACAACGACCUAUUCGAAAAGCUGGUACAAACAAACAACUAACAUCUGGCUGCUUAAUACAAAAAAGCAUCAUCCGAUAGAAUGAGAGAAGUUUCAUACGAAACUUCUCUUUAAUGAACAGGUAAAUGUUUAUAGACUUAAGUUCGGAUACAGAUGCGUACCAUACAUACAUAUAUAUUUCAAAUACAUACAUGAUUAUUCUUAAUGGAAGGGUAGUCAGAGAGUCCUUUAAUAAGCAAGAACAUUUAAUAAUGUUUUAAAAAAAAUGUAUGUUUCAAAAAAUUCUCUUCACACGUUUUUUGGUAACAUGUCAGGAAAAACUGUAAUGUAAAUAUUUGAAAAUUGAAGAGCCUAUUACUGGGCUUGUCGCGGAAUCGCGGGUCUCAUCGAGAAAUAUAACGUUCAAAGAUACUCAGUAAUAUCUACAGCGUCGGCUAAAUGUUUAUAACAACGCACUGAUUUUUCGAAAAGUAUUCGAACGUACUUCGAAAAGAUAAAGAAAAAACGCCAAGUGUAUCAAGCUUUAUUUGUAGCUCUUCAGUGAAUAUCUACCUUAGACGCUUGAGAAGCUAUAUAAGGGUGGAUCAUUUUUGAAACUUGUUCAACAGGCGCAUUCUGUAAUCUGUCGAACGCUUCGUUUUUCAGUAAA